UGGGUUGCAUACGAUCUAGGCCAGCAUUCGUCGAAAAUGCGCUGCAGCGAUUCUGUCUUCUGUCCGCUGACUUGCAAACAAUAAUUUUGACCUGCAUUAUUCCUAUCGCCGAAGAUUCAUAAGAUAAUUAAUCGAGGAUCGUCUGAAAAGUUGAUUUAUUCCGCUAAAAAAGAACAUUUGUUCUUAAAAUGGGUGAUGCACCUGUUAUGGCAACUAAUGACGAUGCUAGCGAAUGCAAGCGAGGAGCCGUCAUUUUGGGGUAUUGGAGCGACGAUUACAUAUCACAUUUCGUGAAGCAUGUUGAAAAACGAGCCCCAGAAAUAAACAGGGGCUAUUAUGCCCGCGUAAAAGGUAUUGAAAAUUUCAUUCAAAAAUUCAUCAACAAAGCGGGCAGUUCCGCGCAAAUUAUUAAUUUCGGAUCGGGCUUCGAUACUUUGUACUGGAAGCUCAAAGACGAGGGCAUACAGAUAGCUAAUUAUGUAGAAAUCGACUUUCCUUCGGUUACUUCGAGGAAGUGUUAUAUGAUUAAAAGGAAUAAACCUUUGUUGGACAGGAUACACAAUCAGGACGGUGAAAUAAAGCUCAGUUCUACAGAUUUACAUGCAGGCAACUACCACUGCAUCGGGGUGGACAUACGAAACAUAGCUCUACUGGAAACGAAAAUCCAACAAGCCGAAGUAGACUUCAAUAGACCCACCCUCUUUUUGGCCGAGUGCGUGCUAGUAUACAUCGAAAACGAGUGCGUUAACAGACUCUUAAAAUGGAUCUCGUCCAAAUUCAAAUCGGGAUUGUUUGUCAACUACGAAAUGUGCAACAUGAAUGACACCUUUGGCGAGGUGAUGCUGGGCAACCUGCGAGCCAGGGGAUGCAAUUUGGCCGGCAUAACGCAUUGCAAGAAUUUGGAUAUGCAGAAAGCGCGUUUCUUAAACAACGGUUGGAUGGGAAGCAGCGGUUGGGAUAUGGUGCAGGUGUAUUACGCCUUUACGGAAUCGGAGAGGCACAGGAUCGAGAAAAUCGAAUUCUUGGACGAGCAGGAGCUGCUUAUACAACUUUUUCAGCAUUACUGCAUCUGUAUAGGUUGGUUGAGUAUGGAGUUUUCAGAGUUUACGUGUAGUGUCGAUUCUGAUUAUUAAUUAUUUUUAUUUUUAGUACUUGAUAGUGUGUCCUAAUAAUAAAUUCGGUAAUUUUAACCAGUAACAGAACUGGUAUAAAGCGAUAAUUUUGAUUAAAAGAUUCGGUGAUUAGUUCAUUUGUUGUUUAGUAAAAACUGUCAAAAUUACUUUUUUUUUAUUAAUAAAAAAUACAUGAACAUUGUUAGAGAAUGGAGAGUCCGGAAAAAUGCAGAUGGCUUUAUGGUAAGUUUUGAAUAAGUUUAGCUUAUAUCCAAACUACUUGUUGACGAUUCAUUUGUAUUAUGGGUUUGGUUAAUAAAAAAUAUUAUUAUUAGUAUUAUUAUUUACAUGGUAAUUCAUUAAGGGUAGCGACUGAUAAUAUAAAUACCAUUUGUACUGAUUUAAAAAAAAAGUAUAUUUUUAUAUAAAAUUGGCCAAAAGAAAAUACUUAAAAAUAUUUUGUAAUUUUAUAACUUGCUGCUAGGUAACGUAAUAUAGGUAUUAUUUACAAAAUAUAAUUACUUUUUCAAAAAAAAAACACUAAAGUUUAAAAAUUGUUUUAGACUAUUUUAACAAGUAAUUAUCAACUUUUUUAAUAAUUAUUUUGGACACACUUCUGUAUAUGAUUAGUGAUGGGCCGCUCGGAAAUGAUGUCCAAAGACUUUUGAUUUUUAAUUUUGGAAUUUUCGUUUCAUAUGUUAUAAAAAUGAAAACGUGUAAAAAUUACCAAAAAAAUCCAAAUUUUGGAAGUAUUUUAUCAAUGAUUUAUUACAUAUGAGACGUUUAUAUACAUAGCUCUACCAAAUAUUGUACUUUUUGUUAAAUAACAUUUAAUAUAUUCAAUUUUAAAACGAUUAGGGCAUAAACUAGUCUACAACAUAGGAAAAUAAAUAUUGUAUUAAUGAAAGUUGUUAUAUAACAGAUAAGAACAAAAAAUCUAAAUCCAACAAAAUACAAAGAGGGCCCUUAACUGGCUUGCAUAAGACUUUACAUCAUGGACAAUAUGGACAUGUCCAUUGAAAAUAUUCAAAAAUGACUUUUCCUGAAGAGACGCAUGACUAUAAUACAUUUUAAUGGUCGUAUUUUAGGUUUUAGACUAUGCAUCAACUUUUAUUGAGAAUACCUUUUAAAUAUAAAUAAUAAAACAGUUUUUCAUAUAUGGUACCUACAGAUUCCAUGUAUUACCUAUAGAUUCCAUAUGGUACUUACAGAUUAUUUAAUGGAUACUGUAUAAGGUUUACAAAAAGUUAAGAGUUCUGUUACUGGUUAAAAUUAAUGUACCUAUUUUCAGGACAUCCUGUAUACAGGGUGGUUUUUUUGACGUGGUAUAACGUUGAUAUUUCACGACUAACGGGCCUCUUAUGUCAAAAGCUACACUAUUUUUUUUAUAUAUUAGCAUUACGACUAUUUAUAAAACAUUUUUUAAAUAUACAAUGUGUUCCAUAAAAGUUACUUUUACAAACAGAAAUAAAUAAUAUUUAUAUCAUUUUUUUUUCUGUAUAAUUCGUAAAAGGUAAGUAUGGAAUUGUUCUAUUGGUAGGGAUGGGCAAAAUAAUCGAUUAUUAAUCAGUUAAUCUAUUAAUUGAUUAGUCCAGUAAUUUUUUUAAAUCGAUAAUCUUUAAUUUUCGAUAAAUCAAAUAUUUACGAGAAAUCAAUUAU